AAAACAGACAAUUUCUUAUUAUUUUAGUAAUGCGUUGCUUUCUAUUCAGUGGUAAAAAAUUUUCCAUCCUGACUCCUGAACAACUGAUUUGUUUUCAGGAGCCGAACAAAAUCAUUUUCAUGGCCACAAAUGGCCCCCGGACCGCACUUUGGACCCCUCUGGUCUAAAUGAAGAUCUGAUGCAAAGUUUUACCUUCAAACCUCAAAAAUCUGCCAGAAGUUUUCACGUUAUAAAAACCCAGAACAUCGUUUAUCAUUUAUGCUGGUAAAUUUACUAUAAUAAUUUAAUCAUGAUUAAUUCCAGUUAAAGAUAUUUAAAAGUCUCCAAAAUGUCCACAUUGUCUGGAUUGGUAGUUUCACUAUUUUCUCCACUGUUUGGUCAAAGAAAGCAUCAAUAAAUUUCGAAAUAUGAUUAAAUCCAGCUGAUGUAAAUCAAACUUUUUAUAUGAUUGUUGUCCUAAAGAUGUUUAUUAUAAACAGGAAUGUUUUUCAAGUAGCAUUUGUGUUUGUGGGGCCAUAAAUGCUGUGACACACAGUUACCUAAAAAGUUUUGAUAAUUAUUUUAUCUUUAUCGCAUCGCUAACCGCUACCUGAACAUAUUUUAUUGAGGUUUUAUGUGAUCAAUUAACACAAAGCAAUGCAGGAAUGUGAAUCACAAAGAAAACCAGACAUGAUUUAAACAUUUUCUGAAAAGUGUGGUGGACAUUUGUAUUUAACUCUUUCUCUGCAGAUCCAGCUGGUUGGUCUCCACCAAUUAGCUGAAUGUUUUUUUCUCUUCUUUACAAAACAAGUUCAGUCCGAUUGGAUGCAAGGCACCAACGAACGUCAGUUAAAUCUAUCCUUAGACUUUGAUUAGGCCAUUCUAGCAUAUCAAUUUCAUUUGAUCUAAUCUGUGUUUCCAUUAGCAUUUCAUUUUGAAGUUUUGCAUUAGAAGUUGAUAGAAAUGCCAAAAUAAAAUAAAAUAAAAUAAAAUAAUAACAUUUUGAAGAAAAAAAGGUUUUACGCUCAUUUGAUGUGAUUUUUGGUUUUUCUGAAAUACUUAACGAAGUAAAGAGGAGAUGGAAAUACAUUUACAGAAUAAGUUCUGAUGCAGCGAAUGGUUCCAUCAACUGGAAAGAGCAAAGAUGAGGAAGGUUUACACCGAUCCUUUAUUAAUGGAUAUUUGGGGUCUGAACUGCUAAUAGGCAGGAAUGAGUGUUUUAAAGAGGCUCUGCUCCUAACCAGCCCAAAUUAUCCACUGUAGAAGACAUUUUUAAAAAUUAUAACUUAUCUUUUAUCAAAUUGUUGCAACGUUUGGAACUCUGAAUUAGCAGCUAUGUACUUUCUGACACAUUAUUGUUAUUUUUAAAGCACAAACGGCUGUUAAAUGCAGAAAAUGGUGACUAGAAAUUUUCUGCCAUCGCUUCUGGCGCCCCCUCUGGCUCGGCGCCCGCAUGCAUCGCAUUUAGAGCGUACAAACAUUUACAACUGAAACUUUGGGUCCCUGAUGCCUUAAUAUUAUAUAUUAAACGAUGCACAAGAUUGAAAAGUUACAUCUGAGCAAGUUAAGGGUUUAAAUUUAAUUUUACUGAAAUAAAAAUGUAUUUUUCCAUGUUUUAGGGGAACAAAUAGACAUGGAGGGCAGCUAAUUUUCCUGUUACGUAACACUUCUGCUUGUUUUGGUUUACAUGGAGGGAUGAGAACGACGUGAAUCUCAGAGGACGAUCCCGACGCUCCGAACAGAACCAGGGGGUUCUGCAGGUUCUGAUGAUCCAGCUCCUUUUAUGUAACGCUGGCCUGGAUCCUCCAUCCGUCUCCAUGGCGACUACAUCCCAGCAGCUGCAUGUGGCUGUGCAGGAAUGUCACAUGUGGGCCAGUGAUGCGUCUGCAGUGCUGAACCGGUGGCGCAAAAAAGUUGUGAUACGCACUAAGCGGGCGCCGCUCUGGAGGGGGCGCCAUAAGCGACGGCAAAAAAUAAUUUCUAGUCCACAUUUUCUAUGGCUUAGCAGCUAAUUAUGCUUUGAAAACCACGCUUUGUCUGUGUCUGCUCGGUGUGAACAUCUCUAACUCGAAUGUUGCAACAAAUUAAACAAAUUUGGGUCUGUGGAGUCCCAUGAAAUGCGCCAAAACCCGCGAUCUGAGUCUCCCUCCCGUGUUUCCUGUCUUCUCCCGGUUGUAUAACCUCUCUCUGCCGCAGUGAAGGAAACCCCUCUCUCCGCUCCCCGACGACGCUCUGCCGCCUGUCCUUUUAAGGCAUGGGGGAUACCCGCCGUCACAGCCGGAAGCAGCCCAAAUUUGGUCAGCUGAAAGGGGCACGGCGGGGGGAAUCCCUCGCGCCGGUGUCGACCAAUAAAGGCAAGACGGGAGUUACCUUGGAGACGGAGAGUAUAAAAGGGAGAGCCGGAGAGCGCUCAGCAUCCUCAGCCUCUCAGCCCGGCAGCAGCCGCAGCUUAAACUGGAUUAACGCCUCGCUUCUUAGGGGGAAUCCCGGAUUUAAUCAUAAAACCUGAGAAAAAGAUGCUUCUGGAGCGCGACGACAGCUUCAUGUCUGAGUUUGAGGACGCUUGCAGCGCCUGGGUGGACAGCGUGGGGUCCAGCCCCAGCGACGGCGCGGACUCUGACGUGGGAUCACCGUUCAGCCAAGUUUUCUCUCCGGGAACUGACGCCUCGGACUCAGACUUCUUCUCCGACUUCAGCGACUGCUCCUCGGACACUCUCUCUCCAUCGCUCGGCUACACCGGAAGCUUCUUCGCGGAGCCGGAGCCCACGGCCGCGGGGCUGAGCAGCACUGCCGACGCGAUCCUGAACAUGAUCACGGAAAUUGUGGGAAUCUGCACCGAGAUGGAGCAGCAGCAGCAGCCCGCCCCCGACUUCAGCAUACCUCCUGCAGCCGCGGAGCCGCAGCCGCCUGCAGCCCCCGCUUCAGCUCCAGUGGUGAUCAAAUCGGAGUUCGGGAGCUCCAGCUGCAGCAGCGGGUGUUCACAGCCCUCCACGCUCGGGAAUGACGCUCUGUUCCCGGCUGCAGCGGACUCUCUGCUCCCGCUCAUGGCACUGGAGCAACAGGUGGACAUGGCUGAUUUCAUCGAGUCUCUGCUGAGCUCCGAAGCCGGGCAGGGCGAGCUGAAGCCCGGCUGCGAGGUGAAGCAGGAGCCGCUGGAGCUGGAGGACUGGCUGAAGGGUUUACCGGUAACCGGCGGGGAAUCCGGUAACUACGUCAUCAGCAGCACCCCCUCCACCCUGGACGCGCACCUGCUUUCCUCCCUCCUGCAGGGCGCGUUCCCGAUGGUCAACAUCAGCAGCGUGCACGCGCCCGGAGCGCCAAAGCAGCAGCGCGCAGGGCGCAGAGCGCACGCGCGCGGUGGCGUGAAACCAAAGCCGUUCCCGUGCUCCGUGCAGGGCUGCGAGCGCCGCUUCUCGCGCUCCGACGAGCUCAACAGGCACGUGCGCAUCCACACGGGCCAGAAGCCCUUCCAGUGCACCAUCUGCGCGCGCAGCUUCAGCCGCAGCGACCACCUGACCACACACACGCGCACGCACACCGGCGAGAAGCCCUUCUCCUGCGACGUGUGCGGGAAGAGGUUCGCGCGCAGCGACGAGAGAAAGCGGCACGGGCGCGUGCACGUGAAGCAGCAGCUGCGUGCGCAGAUGAUGGCCGCCUACUCUCUGGCCCUGAACGCGCCCGGCGUGUAAACACAGGCACGCGCUCCCUCUACGCGGAGUUUUGGAAGCUUUUCGGAUUUGAACCGACAACCGGAGAGACAUGUGACGUCACACCGGUGUACAGGUGCUGGGAGGCGCAUGCGUGUAUGCGGUGCCUGAGGGUUCGGGUUCGGGUUCGGGCCUGGCCCGGCAGCCGACCGGGCCUCCGCCGCCUUAAAGGGGCAGUGCGCCCCCUGCAGGACGGAUCCUGCUGUAAAAUAAAACCAGUUUCUUCUGCAUGAAGCCGUAAAGAGACUCUGUGAAUGUCGACGUCAGAAUGUCGUGCUUCUGUUGUUGAUAUUUCCAUGUAAGCAGCUCUAUAUUUGAGGAGUUCCAUGUUUGUAACAUAUCUCUAUUUUUCUAGACGGACUGUCUACCUCUCAGUGUCGCAGUUUUACAAGCAGGGUGUGAAUAUCUUAGAGAUGUUUCUCUGGCACAUGAACGUGAAACACGAUGUCACUUUUUCUAUGAAACGACUGUACGCAUUCCGCGGACUCUGAACGAACCCGUGUGUGCAGGUCCAGCUGCACCGAUGCAUUGUGGGAUAUGUUGUCCUGUGUUCUGUGGUGUGAGAUCUGAAGCACACCUGCUCAGUGAGAGCUGAGCGCUGAGUAGCACACAUGACUGUGCGAGUUUACUGUUCCCUCAUUCUGCAUGGAGGCUGUUGUUGCUGUUAAUAAACAAAACAAAGCGGA